AUGCAGAGAUUGUUAAGAGAAGUGAGAAAUUACCGGGGUUUGUUGGCUCGUUCAAUUAUCCAGGCACAAUCGUAUUCUCCGACGUUCUCCAAUGUCUACGCAGCGAUGGUUGCAAUCAUCAACAGCCACUUUCCGAAUAUCGGCAAACUGAUAAUCCAUCGGCUUCUCACGCAAUUCAAGCGAUGUUAUCGACGAAACGACAAAACAGCAACUGUGGUGAUAUCCAAAUUCAUCGCUCAUCUCAUCAAUCAACAAGUUAUUCAUGAGAUUCUUGCACUUGACAUGAUGAUAUUGAUGCUUGAGAAUCCAACGGAUGAUUCAAUCGAAGUGACGGUAGCUUUUUUGAAAGAAUGUGGUGCGAAACUUUCCGAAAUUUCGCCUGCUGGCUUAAAUGGCAAUAUUCUGAAUGACGCAGAAAUAGACAAAAGGACCCAGUACAUGAUCGAAGUGAUCUUCCAUAUCCGGAAAGAUAAAUUUCAGGCCUACCCAGCGGUGAUUGAAGAACUGGACUUGAUAGAAGAAGAGGAUCAAAUUACCCAUACCAUCACACUGGACGAUCCACUUUCGCCACAGGACGAAUUGAGUAAGCUUAAAUUUUUAUUCUUGGAGGCCGGCUUUUAUUUCUGUCCUUCUGCUGUUAUGUUUUUGUAG